AUGGGCGCACGCGGGCCACGCGCACUGGCGCUGUUGUGCGCGUUGCUGAUCAUCAGCGCGCGCACAGCUGCUUACACCGUUGACUGCAACCACGAGUAUACCGACUGCGACACUGAACUUAGUAAACUGACAGCAGAGGAUGAAGAAGUAUCAGCGCUUAGAAUUAUGUCAGCCGGAACUGUUGUAACAGAAGCUCCACAAAACUCUGUACCAACAGCAACCCAAACAGAACUAGUUAAAAAUAGAACGCAAGAGGUAGAAGUAACAACAAUACCAUAUUUACGUGAUGCUACUAUUGAUUAUAAAGUUUCUAUGGACUUCAGAGUGCCUGAAUCUCCACCUACGGAAGUAAAACCUAAAGCAAGGCUGUUGAAUUUAAAUGUAGAUGAGCUACAAAAUUUUGCCAAUGCGCUACACAAUGAAACAAAUUUGAAAGGUCAAAAGAAAAGUCUACCAGAUUUAAGUGAUGUGAAUUUAGACGGAGAUGAUGAUGACGAACCCAGAAUUAUGCCAGUUGAGCCAAAGGCUAAAGAAAUAUCAGAUAAAUUCUACACUAAUCUCCAAGCACCGUUCCAUUCACUGAUAACUUCAGAUCGUGGCUCUGAAGAAGUUGAUACGUGCAAGGAGAAUGAGAUCGCUUAUAAGAUUGGUGAUAGAAUGGAUCGUGGUUGUGAAGAAACAUGUGAAUGCAUGUCCGGAGGGGUUUUUGAAUGCUCUCCUCGCUGCAAACAUCCGUACAUACGAAGAGGUAGACGACUGAGCGAUCCGUUGUGCUUCGAGUCACCGGUCGAUGAAUGCUGUUCAAUAGUCGCUUGCGCUACUGGUACUGAUAAGAAAAUAACGAAACUGGAUGUAUGUAAGUAUGGAAACGACACCUAUCCUGUUGGUGCGACCUGGCAUAUUGGUUGUGAACAGACCUGCAUUUGCGAGCCUAAAGCCAUUGUCACAUGUCAACCCAGAUGUAGUCCACUCCCGGUAUCAGACAAGUGCAUAAACGUGCAGGAUCCCAACGAUGCUUGCUGUGAAGUGCAAGUAUGUGACGUCAGUCACGAUGUACAUGAGGAGCCCGAGAACUCUACAUCAUCUACCACGACAACUACUACCACCACCCCUACAACCGCAACCAUAAAGAUGACUCCUAUUACCAUCACUAGUACUACUGAGAUCAUCAAAGGCUUCGAAGAUUACGAAGAACAAAACCCAGCCAAUAGCAGACCACUAGUGCUGACCGAACCAAUUGGCUCUGUUAAGGUUUUACAGAAUAACUCGGUGCAAGUCAAUCUGAUGCAUAUGAACAAUAGUGAAGAUCCCAUUCACCUUCUCCUCAGCAAUAACGGAGGAAAGUCUUUUAAUGACGUUGAAUUGAAGUAUUCAAACCUCAUCUUAAACUUGGAAGGUGGAAGAGACUAUAUACUGAAGACCAAAGAGACUGGUACAAAAUUCAACUUUACGAUAACAGCAUCUGAUAAUAAUAAAGUUCCAUAUGAGAUCGACGAUAGUAACACAAAGAUUGGUUGCUAUCAAGAUGGUAAAUUUUACAGUGUAGGAGAAGAAUUUCAUAUUGGGUGUGAGCAGCUUUGCGAGUGUACAGGCUUGAACACUCGAGAGUGUGCAGCUUUAAUCUGCCCAUCACAUGUCGGACUCGAGUUGGUUUCUAAGGGCUGUGUAAGAUGGGCCCCAAAUCCUCCUGCGUCACCACCUAACUGCUGCCCAAGGUCGGCGAGGUGCUUAAGCGAUGGAACCUGUCAUUACAAAGGAAUAGCGGUUCCGAAUUGGAGCGAAGUACCUAUAUCCCUCACUGGCUGUGAACAGCGUUGCUUCUGUGAGAACGGAGAAUUGGACUGCCAAGAGGUCUGCUCUCCUCUUCCUUCUGUUCCUCCUCAGAGUCUUAGGUGUCCACCCAACCAUCGGCCCGCUGCUGUUAAUAUAUCUGAUGAAGACUGUUGUAAGCAGUGGGGCUGUGUUCCAAACGCAGAAAACGAACAAAAUCAAGCUUUUCAGACUUACGCCAUACCGACAAUGGGUGAAGUAAUGACUUAUGUGACACCUCUACCUCCUCUACUGCCAACACUAUCACAAGUUAUGCCUAGCCCUACCGCUACAACUGACUCCAUUGACUUUUACAGACAUUUAAGCCCCGUGAAAUCCUUAUCAAAAUAUAUGAAAACAGCAUCUAUGGCUCCUAAAUACGAUUACAUGGAAAUAGCCUCUCCUCCUCCUGAUUCAAGUCAAGUUCAAGGAGAUAACAUUACUGUCUUUACUCUAGAUGACGUUGAAUCUCCAUUUAAAACAAUUCAUCCAGAACCAACGUUAGCUGGUGUUAAUAAUAAUAACAAUCACUGGGAGAUCCCAAAUAGGAGACCAGAUUUGCCCAAAUUACAGCAGCCUUAUAGAAAACCUCAAACUAUUUAUAAUACUUAUUCAUAUCCUGAAAAACAUAACAUGAUUUCAACCGAAAAUGAUAGCCAAGACUAUGGGUAUCACAAUCCAUCGAAUGUUCAAACCGAGACUCCAAAGCUGACCAUUCCCGACAAAAAUUUUAAAUUUUCAUAUGAGCCUGUAAGAAAAGUUCCUCUUUCAACGGUUGAAAAUAUGAACUUCUUUUUACCAUCUUUUGAAAGACACAGACCAGUCCCUGAUAAUUCCUAUUCUAAAUAUCAGAUUGAUACGACACCUUUGAAAUCCAAUGCAUUAGCAGAACCUGUAAAAUUGACCCAAAAAUUUUUUGAACCUGCAAUGGUUAAUGCCUCUCUUAACUAUCAUCGUCCUUCGGUUUCUUAUCCCAAGGCUCAAAUUAGUCAAAGCCAAACUUUAUCUCGUGAUAAGCCUGUACUUAGGAAACAAGUGACAAUACUAAAGACGAAAGACUUGAAGAACCCGAAAUCGACUGAGAUGUACAACAAUGGUGGAAUAUGGGGCGAACAAUCGAAGAAGCAUGUUUUGACUAAACUACCCAAUCCAUAUGAGACUGUAUUACUUAGGGCCGUGCCCAAUCCUAAAAUACACAUUGCACCGUCAAGGUUCAAUCCGAAUUCUAAGAUACCACAAUUACCUGUGAAAACAUACACAGCAAUGGAUCUUGAACAUCUGCUGAAUCAAAUGGAAGUGGAGUCUGUAGUGAAUAAGAACCUGGGACGGUCAGCAGGGAAAGAGGAUGAUACCGAAGGUCAGCCAGUCUCGGAGCCGUCACAUCCACCUUUUCUACCGACCAUUGGUCCCGAAAUCCACUUUCCUCAAGAAGACAUUCCCGACUAUGAUCAAAAUAACAUACACCGUCCAGCAAACCCUAUAGAACCUGCGUUGGCAGGUCUACCUCCAGGAUUAACAUUACCGCCACCAUAUGGAGAUAAUAAUAAGAAGCUGAGUGUGAUCUCUUUGCAAGCAGAUUCACCAACUAGUGUAAAGAUGCUGUUUGGAUUACCAUCUGUAUUAGUCGGUUUAAGAGGCAGCGUGGACUUGAGAUAUACUGAUAAGGCUGAGCCCGACAUAACUCACUGGUACUCUCAAGUGUUUGCUCCUGCUGAUGAGGUGUUAACCACGCCUCGUUUGGAGUUCCGACUCACAGGAUUGAAACCAUCAACUAUUUACAAGAUUAAAGGCAAACUUUAUCUACAUAACCUGCCUGUGGAGCCAGAGAGCGAGAUUUAUACUGUACGAACACAGGAUCAACCAACGUCGGUGCCGAUGGAGGAGAAGCGUCGAGAAAUUGAUAGCCGUCUAACAGUGAUGGAAGUGAACGACACUACUGCGCACGUUAGCUGGAGACACUUCAACGAGCAGGAGCUGAUGUAUAUCGAUGGAAUACAAAUUAGGUAUCGCCCAGUAGGCACACCAAUCUACAGUAUGACAGAGUUACUUCACCACAGUCGUUUAUCAGCCGAGUUAAAUGACCUACGACCUGAUACAAAAUAUGAAGCAUCUUUAAUUCUUAUUCCACCACCAAAGAGCGUCACUGAAUUGGUAGAUCCUUCUCAAGUAGAGUUCAAGACGGAGCCUUAUGUUGAUCCCUAUAACUGGACGGUGACCAUCGAAACCAGAGCAGUCGGUGCCGGAGCAACAGAAGUGAUGUGGAAGGGCGUCCCAGCUCCAGCUGAACGCUGGGUGCGGGUCUUCCGAGCUGCUCAUGCUUGCAUUCCCCCUGGUGGUAGCGAUAAACGUGAUCUACAUGACAUGCAUGACUUCGAUAUACAAGGACAUGAUCACGACAGACAUGAGAGGGAUGCCUUUAGAUUGGCUGCUAGGGACCUGCCACCGGCGAUUACAAUUUCUGGAUUGCUGCCGAAUACCAAGUGUCGCGUGUGGCUCGAGUUGUUCCUAUCAAACGGAAAAGUGAAGACAAGUAAUGUUUUGGAGAUCAACACUAAAUCUUUGGACCAUCCAGAACCGGUAGACAAUGAGAUAGAAUCAUCGUCAUCAGUGUCAGCUCGUCACGGCGACUACUACGGCGCGCUGGUGGGGGUUGGCGCGGUGGCUGCGCUGGGCGCUCUCAGUUCUCUGCUGCUGCUGCUCAUCGUACUGCGCAGGCAUAGGCCAAGAUCUGUGCCCAUCACUACCGUGCCAUCCGCUCCCCGUGAGUCAUCUCUCCCACCGUACGAUAAUCCUGCGUACAAACUAGAGUUACAGCAGGAAACUAUGGAUCUCUGA